GUCGGGACAAGGAACCAUGGCGGCCUCCUCCUCAUCCUCCUCAGCUGGCGGAGUCAGCGGGAGCUCGAUGACCGGCUCCGGGUUUAGUGUCUCGGACUUGGCCCCACCACGGAAAGCACUCUUCACUUAUCCCAAAGGAGCUGGAGAAAUGUUGGAAGAUGGUUCAGAAAGAUUCCUUUGUGAAUCUGUUUUCAGCUAUCAAGUUGCAUCUACAUUAAAGCAAGUGAAACAUGAUCAGCAAGUUGCUCGGAUGGAAAAACUAGCUGGUUUAGUGGAAGAACUGGAGGCAGAUGAGUGGAGAUACAAACCCAUUGAGCAACUGCUGGGGUUCACCCCUUCAUCAGGAUGAAAGCUUUUGGAUCACUGGCGUCAAAUGAUCGAACAGAUGCAGCCUCUGGACUGUUUUUUAAUGGGCUGCCAUUUUUCAGGAUGCUCACAGCUGUGUCCCUGACAGCUCUGUUACAGUAUCCAGUAAAUGGCAACUACAGAACCUCAGGCAUUUUGUAAUACAUCAGCAGGAUGCAACUUCUGUGUCUUUGUUAGAUGCAUCAAUUUUAAAGAACUUGGAGAGUAACCUGUAUGUUUAUUUAAAGUAACCUUCCCUUCCCCUUUUAAAGAGAGACAAAAACCUCAUACUCUCUAGAGAGUAUAUUUGUGCCUGCAGUAGCCAGGUUGUCAGUCAUACUGAACUGGAUACUUUUUUUUUUUAAUUAUUCAGUUAUUUGAUAAUGCCCUACAGGAGCUUUCCUUGAAUAGAAAAGGUAUUUGACUCUUGAACUCUUCCUUUUUGAAGAUGAAUAGGAUAAAGAACCAUGCAAGAUAACUAAGGAUGACGAAUGUUAAACUCUUCUAUGUCAAGAUCAUCUUAGCUUUGCUGAGGCUUCUCUCUCUGCUUCUGCUUUAACUAUAUACAGCACUGGGAGGAAAAAACUGCUGCUUACUGAAAACUCUGAAGCUCUUCCUUUACCAUGAUGUACUAGAUCCCUUCCAUGGCAAAUAAAUAAUUUAAAC